UAGGAAUGGCCGCCUACCCCUACCCUACCCUACUGGCUUCAUCAUUAUUAUAAUCAUAAUAUUCCUCACUUCAUCAGCUUUGAAUUUCUUGCACCUUUAAUCAUCAUUUUGACAAUUUAAUUUUCCCCCUGCUCAACUGCUACCUUAUUAAUUACUUACAUUCGUUCCCCGGCCAAUACCAAAUUAAAAACCCUGUUUUACAAUGACUACAAUUAAGAUUAAUAAUUAUAGUAGUUUUAGGGUUGUUUCUCUGCUAAAAGUACUUGUCAUUAUGGUUUGUGUUUGGUUGGCCGCUUCAGACGCCGCCGUGGUUCUCAUUAGAGUAGACCAAUCCGGUGGUGGUGGAGGAGGAGUUCAUCACCGGAAAAUACAAGACGCCAUUGACUCGGUGCCUUCCAACAACUCCCGGCGCGUGCUCAUAUCGGUGGGUCCCGGAGUUUACCGCGAAAAGGUGGUGGUUCCGGCGGACAAGCCAUUCAUAACUUUGAGCGGGAACAAAGGGAACGGUAGCGCCACCGUCAUUACGUGGGCCGAUUAUGGCGACAUUUUUCUCUCUCCCACUCUCACCAUUUUCGCUUCUGAUUUCACCGCUCUCUAUCUAACCAUUCAGAACACACAUGGUCCUGGAGCAAAAGCAGUGGCGAUGAGGGUUUGCGGGGAUAGAGUGGCAUUGUUUGGGUGUAGGAUACUAUCCCAUCAAGACACUUUAUUGGAUGAUAGGGGGAGACACUACUACAAAAAUUGUUACAUCCAGGGUGACACUGAUUUCAUUUGUGGGAAUGCGGCUUCUCUAUUCGAGAAGUGUCACUUGCACUCGGUGUCGGAGGGGAAUGGGGCGAUAACAGCGCAACGGAGGGGUUCGCGGUGGGAGGAGACGGGGUUUGCCUUUGUGGGGUGCACCAUAACCGGCGUCAAGACGGCGUUUCUUGGAAGGCCAUGGGGUGCUUAUUCUAGGGUCAUUUUUGCCCUGACCAACAUGUCCAACGUUGUUCUACCUCAGGGAUGGGACAACUGGAAUGACCUCUCCAAACAAAGGACGGUGUAUUAUGGGGAAUACAAGUGUUAUGGGGCAGGGGCAAAGAGGAGAGGGCGAGUGAGUUGGUCACGCAGCCUGUCGAGUGAAGAAGCCGCCCCAUUCUUGACCACCCACAUGAUCGGCGGCGGGAGUUGGAUUCGAAUGGCCGCCGCCGCCGCAGCCCACCACUAGCAACCUCUGAAGAUGUCGACUAACUAAAUUAACGCCAGUGACGGAGGGAGAAAUUAAAUUGACCACCUUUAAAACGUGUUCUAAUUUGAAACCUUUGUAAAUAUUGGGUAUGGUAUGGAGCAUAGAGUUCCCCUCUGGACUUAAUAACAAUGCCUCUCUUUG